GUCACCGUUAACAAUAAAUAAUCCCGUAUAAGUACCCUUACCUAUUAACCUACAGAUCUCUCAUACAUCCACACUUCACCUUUAUGAACAGGGCCACGAAAAUAUCCCUAUAAAGAGCUUCGGCUCGAUUUAUUCAACAGCAACAUGUCUCCCGAAGCUCUAGAGAAGAGAUUCAUUGAUCUACAAGACCGUCUUGCGCUCCUGCAAGAUGCGACUAACCAGCUCAAGGUGCUGAUCGACCGCCUGGCCAACUUCAAGUUCCAACCCGGUUCUGUGCCCCUCGGCGCAAGCGAUGACGACAAUGUCGGGUCUGAACUUAGUUCGGAAAUCAACCAGAUACUGCGCGAACAGGAGGAGGAGCUCGAGUUGCUGCACGAGGAAAUAAUAGAUAUCCACCCAGGAAAGCCAGGGGGCGGUUUACAACACGACAAAGAUAGACUGAAAGACGGCGCAACCCGGCUUGAGGAGGAGCUGCAGAAUUGUCGAAAGGCUUUUAGGAGAGCCCAAGUCUCAGCGAAGCGCAACCUGCAAUUAGCCCAGCGCCAAGAGCGCGAGCUUCUCUACGCCUCCUUUUCGAGCCCCCGAUCCGGCGCCUCGUCCCCCUUACCCCCGGAAUCAGCUACGUUGCUACCGCCCAGCCGACGGAAACCGCGCGCUCGCGCCGAGAUGUCCAAGGAGGAGCAGAUGCUCAGCGCCAGCAGCGACGUGACGGAGUCGAUGCGCAGGACUCAUGAUAUGAUGGCCGCCGAGCUGUCCAAGAGCGACUUCGCGCAUAAUGCGCUGAAGGAGUCGACGGCCGCGCUGUCGCAGCUGUCGGAGAAUUACUCGAGUCUGGAUACCAUGCUGUCGAACUCGAGAGCGCUGCUGGGUACGCUGCUCAAGAGCCAGAAGACUGAUACUUGGUAUUUGCAGUCGGCUUUUUAUAUAUUAGUCGUCACUAUCGGGUGGUUGAUAUUCCGGCGUCUGCUCUGGGGUCCGACGUGGUGGCUCGUCUGGCUCCCCUUAAAGCUCAUAUUUAAGGGCGCAGUUGGCGUAUCGAAUACGGUCUCCCGGCGAAACGCACAAGUAUCAAGUCACGACCUCGACGCGUCUACAACGCAAUCCAGGUCGCCGCAGGUACACAUGAACAACGAAGGGGUCCAGACGGCGCAAGUCAGUUAUCAAUCGGAGCUGUCACGCGAGAGCACAGAGGCUAUCAUGGAGGAAGUUGAUAGGAUUAUUAAUAACGAAACGGCGGAAGAAGAACCCCCUGGAGCGGAAGCAGAAAAUGAUACGCAGGCAGAGGGGAAAGAAAAGGAAGAAACCGUGCUAAGGGAGCGCAACGAUGACGAACCCCCUAAUCCGAAGAAACGCGUGAUGGAAGUAGAAGUAAAAGUAGAAGAGCCCACUGGCCCCCAGUCCUCCAGCAGCGAAGAAAGACCCAAGGAUGAGCUGUAACAUUUAGAAAAACGAAUAAACCACAUCCCUUACCAUUCUCCAAAUUCUUUAUUUGCCGUUCCCGCGGUAUAUAGUUCUGUCUGUUUCGACGGAUAUUAAUUCCCUUUCAAGGCCCGCCG